AUGGAUAGCAGCAAUGAAAUAGCUAUAGUUAUGGUUCCAUUUCCAGCUGAAAGCCAUCUCAAUCAACUUCUCCAACUUGCCUCUCGUGUUCGAGCCAACGCCUUAAAUCCUUCGAACAUAGCCAAAAUCCAUUUCCAUGAUCUCCCAACUCCUGAUUUUGCUUCACCUACACCUAAUCCUAAUGCCUUGAGUAAAUUCCCAUCCCAACUUUUCCCAUCCUUUGAUGCUAAUUCUAAGCUUUUGCGCGAGCCUAUUGCUUCUUUCCUUCGAGAUGUUUCGUCUAAAUCAAGACGGGUUAUCGUUGUUCAUGAUGUUUUAAUUUUCACAUGCAUACCUAAAGGAAUGCCUAUUCCACUUGAAGAUGAAUUACUUCAAAAGUUACCUUCACUUGAAUUAGAUGCACCAGAAGAGAUUAACAAGUUAGUAGCUUUUCAACUUCAGUAUAGAGAUAUUAGAGCUGGUGAUUUGUACAAUUCAAAUAAAGUACUUGAAGGUAAUUUUCUUGAUUUGAUGGCAAAAUUUGCUAGUACACAAAAUAAGAAGCAAUGGGCAAUCGGACCGAUUUUACCUACUAAACUAGAUCAUGUAUCAAAUAAGAGAAACAUAUGUUUAGAUUGGCUUAACAACCAACCUCUAAGAUCAGUUCUUUAUGUAUCUUUUGGAUCGUCGACUACAUUUUCUGAUAAGGAAAUCAUGAAGCUCGGGCUGGGAUUAGAGCGAAGUGAACAGAAGUUCAUAUGGGUGUUGAGAGAUGCCGAUAGAGGAGAUAUAUUUAAAGGGGAAGAUAGAAGAUUUGAGUUGCCAGAGGGGUUUGAAGAAAAAGUUAAAGGGGUCCGGUUAGUGGUAAGAGAAUGGGCGCCACAGCUAGAAAUCUUGGCUCAUUCGUCGACAGGACUGAUUGUGAGAGAGUGGGAGAAACGCGAGGAGCUAGUGAGUGCCUCCACUAUUGAGAAUGUUGUGAGGAAGUUAAUGGCAUCAGAAGAAGGCGAUGAGAUUAGGAAAAGAACAGAAGAAUUAGGAGAAGCAGUAAGGCAGUCCAGAGAGAAAGGGGGUUCUUCUCAACUGGAGUUGCAUUCUUUCAUUGCUCAUAUCACAAGAUAG